AUGAUCCAGUUUAUAAUAUUAUAUAAUUCAGAUGUUCCACCAUGAAUUCUGAGAUACAGAACCAGCUCAAUAUAUAUAAUCAAGAUCUUAUCCAUCUCUUCUCAUUCGCAACACGAAAAGGAAAAACAAAAUGGGUAUCAUCUUGGCCAUCUUUGCCUUCAUUGCGUUCUCAAUUUUCUCUCUCUUUUUGCGCUUCUCUUAUCUCAUUAUCAAAUCCUACUAUGGCAAAUCUUUCAGAGACCCCAGUUAUGCACCGGUGUACGGUACUGUCUAUCACAAGCUCUUGUAUUACAACAGACUUUAUGACUACCACACUCAAGUUGGGAGAAAACAGCCCACUUUCCGAUUUCUUGCUCCGGCUGCAAGCCAAAUCUACACCACUGAUGUGAGAAACAUAGAACAUGUGCUACAAGUCAAAUUCGAUAAAUAUUCGAAGGGUGGGUAUAAUCAACUGGUUAUGAAAGAUCUUUUCGGCCAGGGAAUAUUGAAUGUGGAUGGAGAAAAGUGGAGGCAGCAGAGGAAGUUGGCUAGCCUUGAGUUCUCAACAAGAGAUCUUCAAAGUUACAGUUGUGCUGUGUUUAAAACAAAUGCAGUGAAGGUGGUCAAAGUAGUUUCGGAAUUUGCUAUUGCGGGUAGGAUCUUUGAUAUGCAAGAUAUGAUGAUGAAGUUGAGUUUGGAUUGGAUAUUUAAAGUGGCAUUUGGAGUGGAUUUGAAUUGCUUGAAUGGUUGGACCAAAUUCAUGAAAGCCCUUGAUGAAUCAAAUGCUUUGGUGUAUGGACGAUACAAAGAUCCAUUCUGGCAGAUAAAAAAGCUUCUCAAUUUCGGUUCUGAAGCUUCUAUUAAUAAUAAUCUCAAAGUCAUUGACGGGUUUGUGCACAAACUCAUUCAUGAUAAGAGGAAUUUUCUUGCCGUACAACAAGAUUACAGUCAGAAAACGGACUUGCUUUCAAGAUUUUUGGUGGCGAGUGAAGAAGACCCCGAGACAAUGAACGAUAAAUAUCUGAGGGAUAUAAUAUUGAAUUUUAUAUUUGCUAGCAAAGAUCCCAGUGCCACUACGCUCUCUUGGUUUUUCUACAUGCUCUGCAAGAACCCUUUGGUACAAGAAAAGAUUGUGCAAGAAGUGAGACAUAUCACUGGAAGUCAGGAAAAUGAAAUCGCCAACCUUGACGAUUUUGUGGCCAAUAUAACUGAAGAAACGCUUGACAGAAUGCAAUAUCUUCAUGCAGCAUUGGCAGAGACCAUGAGGCUAUACCCUGCAGUCCCCUUGGAUGGAAAGUGUGCAGAAGUUGAUGAUGUUCUUCCUGAUGGCUAUAGGGUUAAAAAAGGAGAUGGAAUUUACUACACCGCAUAUGCCAUGGCUAGAAUGCCUUAUAUUUGGGGAGAUGAUGCCGGAGAAUUUCGUCCUGAAAGAUGGCUUCAGAAUGGAAUUUUUCAGCCUCAAUCACAUUUCAAAUUCGUGUCUUUUCAUGGUGGUCCUCGGAUUUGUCUAGGCAAAGACUUGGCUUAUCGGCAGAUGAAGAUUGCAUCAAUGGCCCUUCUUCACUUCUUCCAUUUCAAAUUGGCUGAUGACACAAAAAAUUUAACUUACAAGACGAUGUUCUCACUUCACAUUGAUGGGAACCUCCAUCUUCGCGCAAUUCCAAGAAAAAGUUGAUGGAUUUCAAAUUUUGCAUAUAAAUGUUGUUAUAUGGUUAAAAUCUAUUUCAGGUUUACUCUUUUGUUGUAUCCAUACUGGUAGAAAAACUGCUUAUCUACCAAGGAUGUAUGUAUGCAUUAUGUACCUCAAAUCACAUGACUGACUUGGAAAACACUUAUGGCCUCAUUGUGGCCCAUGGACUCAAUAACACUGCUCUGUUUCUUUAGGUUCA